AUGCUACUUCGUCGACUACUUGCUGUUCCUAAACCUUUAAAUUCUCGUUUACGUCGAUCUCUAUCCGUCAGUUCCAUCAUUCAACCUAUUCGACUGAUAAAAUAUACAUUUGGUACAACAAUAUUGACCGGUCUUGGUUUUAUAUCUUACGCUGUGUAUGAAUCGGGUCCUGAAUGGGAAAAAUUUCGUCGAACCAGUUAUUUCUGGUCUCAUAUGAUUCCAGUUUAUCUUCAUUAUCGAUAUCAACAAAUGUAUUUUCAAUUGAUUCCAACUAAAACUCCUGCAGAAGAACAGCAAGCUUGGCUAUCUCUACAUAAUAAAUAUUGUGAUUAUGUAAUGAAUGUUGUACUUCAUCAGCGAGGUGUUUAUAUAAAAUUAGGACAAAUAGCAUCGACUCGACCAGAUAUUAUACCGAAAACUUAUCUGAAAAAAUUUGCUCAAUUGCAAGAUGGUGUACCAGCACAACCUGGUGAAUAUGCUCGACAAAUGAUUGAACAAGCAUUUGGCAAACCAUUGGAAGAAAUUUUUUCAGAAUUCAAUCCAGUAGCUGUUGGUGCAGCAACUAUUGGGCAAGCACAUGAAGCUCGUUUGAAAGGAUCCAAUCAAUCGGUUAUCGUUAAAAUACAGUAUCCUGAAGUACGACGAUUGUUUGGAUUGGAUUUUUCAACAUUAAAACGAUUUAUUAAAUUAGCACAACCAGAACAUUUACCGUUGUUUGAUGAAUUUGAAAAAGGUUUUCAGAUUGAAUUCGAUUUUAGACGAGAAGCAAGAGCAUUAGAUAUAAUUGGUCGUAAUAUUAUGCCACUUUAUCCUAAUAUUGUUAUUCCUCGUCCUAUUCCUGGUAUGGCAACUGAAUUUGUGUUAGUGAUGGAAAAAUUAGAAGGCACAAAAUUAGUCGAUGCACUCAAACUUGAACAAGCAAAAAUGGCUGCUGCACAAGGAAAAACUUUAGAAGAGUUCGAACAAGAAAUGAUGACUAAAUAUGUAUCCGGUGAACUUUAUCGUGAAGCAAAAAAGAAAUAUACACCAUCAGCUUUAAUUGUUAAUAUAUAUGCAUCAUUAAUACGUACAAUAAAUCAAACAAAAAAUUUAUGCAUUCUUCUCUACAAUCAUUCGAUUGUACCGAUAAUGAAACGAGCACCCAUGGAUUAUAUUGAACAACGUGUUUUUAUAAAUCCACAUGAAAUCAUUGAUCUAUUGAAUGACGUUCAUGCACAUGAAAUAUUAAUCGAUGGUAUAUUUAAUGGUGAUCCACAUCCAGGAAAUAUAUUUUUACUAAAAAAUGGAAAAAUUGGUUUAAUUGAUUUCGGACAAGUAUCAGAAUUAUCUCUAUCGCAACGUCUCAAAUUAGCUAAAUUAAUUGUUUUACUUGCUGAAGGUACGAAAGAAGAACUCAUUCAACAUUACAUUGCCAUGGGUGCACGUACACGUAAUAUGAAUCCAUAUGUUAUAGAAAAAUUAGCGCGACUCGGAUUCGAUCGUGAUGAUCAGGAAAUAUGUGAAGGAAAAAAUGCACAAUUAUUUUUUGAAAGUUUAGGAAAAUUAGAUGAAAUUAUUCAAUUACCUGAAGGAUAUUUAAUGGCAGCAAGAGUUGGACUAUUAUUAAGAGGUUUAGGUACUUGGAUACAAUUACCUCAUUCGACAGCACAAAAAUGGCUACCCAUUGCAAAACAAUUAUUAGAGAAAUAUAAAGAUGUGAACGAAUCAUUAUUAAAUGAAUCUGUUUGA